UCUGAGUGAAGAGUCGGACCGAAAGUGUCGUGAAUUGUGUGAAGAGAUGUCGGCUCUGAAGGCAAGCAAUGAGUCCGAAGUGAAGGCAUUGAAAGCACAACUCAAGUCAGCCGUGGAUUCAAUGGAGACAUGGAUUGAAGGAAACAAUAAUUUAAAACAAAAAUUGUUAACUUAUGAGAUGAGUAAUCAAGAAGUGAUUACAGAUUUGAAGCAAAAAUUGUGUGAAAUGUCGGCAAAAAAUAGUGAAUUGAGUGAUGAGUUGUCGGCAUUGAAGGCAUCGAAACAUACCAUUGAAUCCGAUGUCAAACUAUUGGCUCAAGAAAUCAAUGCACAGAAUAUAAGGGGUUCAUUGAGUGAUUUGUCUCCCAGUUGUUCAUCGAUCGGAUCCCACAAUCAAUUGACCAUUAAUUCAGACAAAACCAGAGAUGAGAUCAAUAUUCAGGAUAUAUUCACUGAAAUCUGGGAUCAAUUCAAAGAUAAAUCGUUGACAACACUUAUAGACUCGGAUGACAGCGAAUCCAUUGAAAACCAAUGGUCCAACAACUCGUUGGCCACCAAUUGUUUGAAGUAUUUUCGGUCCACUUUUGAGAUUUCUCGGGAUGUGAUCAACGAAUACAACACCAGCUCUCAGGCGCUUCUCAAAGCCCAGGGAGUCUAUAAAACACACAUAAAUACAGGUAAAACCCAAUAUAUAAUGAACAAAAUCAGUAAAACACAUACCGGACACAUAUUGGCACAGCUCUUGACCGGUGGUGGUAUAGCCGGGCCUCCGGACCACAUAAGCCCGGGGCCACUGAGUCUCAGUGCGAUGACUGACACCAAUGACGGCCACUUCGGCCACCGAUGGCUGUGUCUG